GGCUUUUUUGUCAGGCGAUCUAGCAACAAACCCAAAUCUGUUGUUCACUCUGCAAUUGAGCUCUCUGGAAUUGGAGAGAGAGAGAGAGAGAUAGAAGGUGAGAGUGAAAUGCAAGAGGGAGUGCUGGUAAACCCUAGCAGCAAUGGAAGAGGAAAGCACCCAAAAGUGGUGGUAAUAAUGGGGGCAACAGGUUCAGGCAAAUCUCGACUCGCCAUUGAUCUCGCACUCCACUUCCCCCUCGAAAUCAUCAACGCUGACUCUAUGCAGGUUUACCAAGGAUUAGAUGUUCUCACCAAUAAAGUUCCCCUUCAAGACCAGAAAGGAGUGCCACAUCAUCUGUUGGGGACAAUUAGUCCUAACGUGGAAUUCACAGCGAAGGAUUUUCGUGAUUCUGUCAUUCCCCUUAUUGAUGACAUACUGUCCCGCAAUCGUUUACCUGUCAUUGUUGGAGGUACAAAUUAUUAUAUCCAGGCUCUUGUGAGUCCAUUCCUUCUGGAUGAUUCUGUUGAAGAUAAGGAUGAAAAUGGUUUAAGCGACCUUCAUGGAGAUAAAUCAGAUUCUGAAUUUGAACCUGGGAGAGAGAAUUUCUGUUAUAGUUAUGAUAGUCUUAAAGACCUCGAUCCAGUUGCAGCUAAUAGAAUUCAUCCCAAUGAUCAUAGAAAGAUCAAUCAAUAUCUAAGUUUGUAUGCUCGUUUUGGUGUUCUUCCCAGCAAACUUCUUCAAGAAAAAGCUAUGGAGAACUGGGGUCAAGCUGAUAAUUUCAGAUAUCAUUGCUGUUUUAUAUGUGUGGAUGCGUCUCUCCCAGUACUGGACAAAUACGUGGAGCAGAGGGUAGAUCGCAUGGUUGAUGCUGGUUUGCUUAACGAAGUUUAUGAUAUUUACAACUUGAAUGCGGAUUAUACUCGAGGUUUACGGCAGGCUAUUGGUGUUCGGGAAUUUGAGGAUUUUCUGAAGGCUUACCUUUUUCAAGUUCAGAAUGACAAUGAAAACCAUUUGGUUGAUGCCUCCCACUUCCAAAUGUCAGCAAAAAAGGGUGAUCAGAUGUUGAAAGAAAAUAUGAUGACAAUCCUGAAUUCCUCGAAUGAGAAGGAGCGAAAUCUUCUCCUGGAAGAUGCUAUUGACAAAGUAAAAUCAAACACCCGAAGACUUGUUCGUCGUCAAAAGAGGAGACUUAACCGACUUAACACGCUGUUUGGUUGGAACAUACAUUAUGUUGAUGCAACUGAAUCCUUACAAUGUGCCUCUGAUGAUUCAUGGGCAGCACAUGUGGUUGAACCCUCUGCCAAAAUAAUCAGGUCAUAUCUUAGCAAGGAUGAAAGCUUAGUGCCUGAUUCAGAGUCCAGGACUGGUACCGAAGGAUUGAAAUUGUUUCAAAGGGACUUGUGGACUCAACAUGUAUGCAAGGUUAGCAAUAAAUUGCUUGUGGCAAUCGAGUGCUUAGAGGGGCGCAUGAAUGGGAACAACACAAACAAGGUCGUGGCCAUCGAAAACGGAUAUGUCGGCUUAGGAAGUCUGGAGGUUUUUCCUUUGUGGAGUAGCUGCAGUUUCAACUUGGCUCUAAGAACUUCUGUUAUGUGAUAUAGUAUCAACCAAGCCUAUAUUUUGCGGUGGAAUGUUAAUGUUGACAUCUGCAUAGUGCAUUCAAUAUUUGUUGUGCAGUGAAAUUUGUAGGUGUUACUGAUAUUCAAAUUUCCCUAUACUUUCAUACCCUUUGCCUUCUCUUUCUUCUUUCUUUAUCCUGUUAUUUUUCCUUCUGGUGUUGAUUUCCUGUUUACCAUAGGAGAUUGGUUUAUCAUCUGUACAAUGUAAAAACUAGUCCCUAUUUGGGCAGGCUUCAAUUUAUAUGAUGUGAUAUUUCCUUCCUUUGUUUGA